UGAAGUGUUUUUCCACGACACACCUAAAAUAUGUGAAUGAUGUUGUACUGUACAGAGAGCUUCAAGAGACAACACGGCAAGCUGAGACGGAGUUGUGGGUGGCAACACAGACAAUAGGCGUUUCUGGUUCAUGCAAGUGUGAGAUUUAAAAAGGUCUGAAUGAAGUUUGAGACAGAGAAACUUUCUUGGUGCUUGUGAUUUCGUUUCGUCUGUCUGUAUGCUUGUUACGUAUUCAUAGAUAUUCAGUAACACAUGCAGCGUCAGGACUCUGUUGGUUAUUGAGAGCACUCGGUGGAGAGAGAAGAGGCAUCCGCGACUCCGUGUCUUGACACGGGUGUAAUCAUUAGUACAAAACGUUUUGCAACGGGAACCAUUUACUACAAACGAAAACGUUUUGCAUUAAAACGAGACUUUAUAUUGGACAAAUCCAGCUAGGUCUCUCCCCGUUUCGUUCCGUUUACUUCCGUUUUGGUUCCUAGUUAACAAUAAUACACAACAGGCAAUGCUCUGACGUCACAAGUGAGACUCUCAACUAAAGCAAGCCUAAUCGAAUAUAUAUAUAUAUAUUAUGGUUCAAUCAGUGGAUAUACUUCCCGGGACAGAGAACUCUUUGUUUGGAGCCAAAAUCAUGAAAGCACAGGUGGCAGAGUAACCGCAGGACAUCGAGGCUGUUCUUUGCUGGGGUUCUCCCUCCAGACUAUUUCUCUCUUUCAUCCUCCCUUUCCCUUCACUCUCUUUCUCCACCUGCACAUCAGUCCCUCCAUCCUUCCUUGUCUCUUAACUCCACCCAGAGGCACUGCCGUCAUGCGUCGGUACAGCUCCGAGGGGUCUCUACUCGAUAUGGAUUUCCUGCCGCGGAGGAAAGUAUCCGUGAAGAGCCACAACUACCACAGCCGGGACGGGGAGUCAGGUACCUACAACCCCGACCUGGAAGGUGACGAACUGGAUGGGCGAACCACCUCUUUCCCCCCUACCCCUAUCAUCGUGGAGCCUGGAGCCAGCCACGGGAGGGGGGAGCUGAGCAGGGAUCACAGCGUCAGUGUGGAGAACUUCACAGAACUGGGGAAGCUAGAGGGCAAGGGAUUUCUUGGAGUGGUGAACCUCAGUGAAGGGUGUAGGGCAUAUAGUGACGGGCAGUUGGCGCCGGGGACGACGAGCCGCAGCACAGAGAGCGUGGGCAGCGACAACCAGCCACCGUCCUCUCCCUCGCUCUCAACCUCUGGCUUCAGCCCCUUGUCCUUGAAGUCACAGCAACGGUCCCACACCAGAGCCAAGCUGUCAGCAGCCAAGCUACACCUGAAGAGCCUGUUUGGGCAGAGUCCCCAUUCAUCACAUUCCAACCUGUUUAACCCAGAACAGAAAGAACAGAGAGACAGUGAUAAAGAGCGGAGGUCUCGCCACCCGUUGAUGCACCAGUGGAGUCAGGUGGGCCACAGCAACGCCAAGUUCAGUCGGGUGGAACUUGAUAAGUGGGCUGAAUCGCUGGACGACCUCCUGGCCAGUCGGAUGGGUGUGUCUGUGUUUGGAGCAUUCCUUCGCUCAGAAUUUAGUGAGGAGAAUCUGCAGUUCUAUCUGGCCUGUGAGCAGUACAGAAACUCGUCCAACAACUUCAGCCUGCACAGACGGGCCAAGACGAUCACUGCCACCUAUAUUGAUGCGGGGGCGCCACGAGAGGUGAACUUGGACAGUAAGACCAGAGACUUAACCACACAGCUCCUACAGGCCCCAUCACACACCUCCCUGUCCCACGCCCAGAAACGCAUCUACUCCCUCCUGGAUACAGACUGCUACCCUCGCUUCCUCCAGUCCGACAUCUACCUCACCUUGCUGGGCCAGGCUGACUAGAGACUAAAGGCUCCAUUCAAUCUGUAUCGUGGAAGUUCAGCACUAUAGCCUCGAUUGAAAGGUAUAGGCAAAUGUGCCUGCGUUUGCGGAGACUACAUUCACGUUAAACGCUGUAUAUGAUGGCUCAAUCUGAAAUUACCUUUACAUUUCAAUCACGCCGAGUGUUGAAUUACUGCAAUAAGAAUUGAAUGGAGACCUAAGGCUGCGUCCCUAUUCCUCCACUCUCCACCCUUCUCCUAAAGUGUACACUUGCACACUAUCUUACAUGGAUUUAACAAUAGUGGAAAGGACACUCCAAUGCAGUGCUUUUGAAAUCUAUGAUGGGUGUGUGUAAGUGCUUACUGGAAAAGGGUGGAAAACAGAGACCUAUCUGUCGUGGAAAUUGGAUUGGACAGUUGCAGGAGAUGCCGUUACAUAAUGUGGAGUUAAAGAGGUUUUGGGGUUUAGUCAUUCCAGUUAAGGAGCAGGGUUGUGUUCAUUUGGGCAUGGAACAGAAAAACUUUUAAAAAUGUUUUUCAAAGCAAAAAAAAAA